AUGUCAAUAUGCAUCGCAGUAAACAUUACACGGUCCAGUGGAGAAGAGAUCUGCAACCUCCCCCACUCCCUUUUCGCUUCUCUUCUCUUCUCUUCUUUGUUUCGUUACAUAUCUCUCCCCUCUCUCUCUCCCUCUCUCUCUCUCUCUCUCUCUCUUUCUUUCUCUCUCUGCUUCUAUGAUCAUACAAAUUAUCUGUGCAAUAUUUUUCCUCUCCUAACAUUUCUGUUUCAAAUGCGAAAUUUAAUUCAUCCGAAUACUCUUUUCGCGCCUUUCCAUUACUAUUCUUUCUCUCUUUCUGUUAAUUAUCAUCGAUCUUACACUCUUACCAAAUCUAUCUUGCUCUUUCUGUCUCUUCCCUACUACUCUAGCCUCUGCUUUCUCUCUCUCUCUCUCUCUCUCUCUCUCUCUCUCUCUCUCUUUCGCUAUUUUCUUUCUUUUUCUCAUUAUAUCUUUCUCUUUUUUUCUUCUUUUCUUGUUUCUUUUAUUCUCUUUUCGUCUCCCUUUUCUAUAGCUUACGGCCAUAUCACUUUUGUUGAGGAGUCCACUCCCCCUUUCUUUUCCUUACAACCGCUUUUUCUUUCUUUUUCCAGUCACAUCUACCAUUUUAUUCACUUCUUUUAUAACUUUUCAAUGUUAUCCUCUUCUCUUUCUCUUUCUUUUAUAAUUUCUCUUUCUGUCUUAUUCUUUCAACUUCUUUUUCGUCUUCUUUCCCUUUUUCUUCGUUUUCAACUCAAUUUUUCAUUCUCUUUCUUUUUUUCUUCUUUUCUCUAUCUCACUUUUUUCUCUUUAUGUGACUUUCUCUUACUUUCAUUCUAUCUACAUUUCUUUUUUUGUUCUUUCACCUUCUUUUUCGUCUUCUUUCUUUUUUCUUUAUUUUUAACUCAAUUUUUCAUUCUCUUUCUUUCUUUCUAUCUUCUUCUUUUCCCUAUUUUUUCCUUUUUCUCUCUUUCUGUCACGUUCUUCUUACUUAUAUUCCUUUCUCUGACAUUCUUUUUUUUUUUAUCUUUAUCUCUUUUCUCAUUUUUCGUUUUCAUUCUUCUCGUUCUCUCUUUCCAUCUUCCUCUCAUCUCUUCAAUCUCUUCCUCCCCUUUUCUAUCAGCCUGUUUCUUUCUGUCUCUUCCUCCUAAUUUUAAUUUCUUUCUUCCUCUUUACUUCUCUCAUUUACCCUUUUCUCUCACUUUUCUUAUACUCUUUUCUUCUCUGUUUUUCUCUCUUUCUCUUUCUUUCAACCACUUUUUCUUCUUCUAUUUCAUAUUUCUUUUUUUAAUUUCAUUUUCUCUUUCUCUCGUUUUUGUCUUUUCUUUCACUUUCCUUUGA